CAUCAUGGCCGCCACGGGAUCGUCUAAACAUGUAGCACAGUUAGCCAGACCGAAACCUCUUCCCCCUGGUUUUAUUACAGACAGGCGGUCCGUGUAUUGGAUUGACAAACAUCCCCCAACUCCAGGAGCAGACGGUACAACUGCUUUCACCCUUACUCCUCGUCAAGAGCAGUUGGCCAAUUACAAAGCUUGUAACUCCGGUUACCAAGGCGACAAGCCAUCGCCACAAUGGACUGUCGGACAAGGAGCACAGUCUGCUACAGCCUCGGCGAGGGUGGAGCAAUUGGCAAUGGCCCGACCCGUAAACAGUCACUAUCAGUAUGAAAGGAACGUCUACACUAUUGUUCCCGAUAGCGCCCUGAAUGCUACUGCAUCAGUUAGACUCGAGCAACUCGCUCAGCCCAAGAAGCACCACCUCCUGCCUAUCAUCGACCCCAAACAAUGGGACUGGUCAGACUGGGAGGAUCGCGUUUCAGGAGCAGCAAAAAAAGCUGUCGCGACACCCUAUUUGGAAAAUCUUGCCAUGUCGAAAAUGCCACAUUCACUUUAUCAAGGACAGCGUCCGGUUCAGUGGAACGUGCAGGAUACAGCAAAAAAGGCGAGCGCGUCAUUCCGGGUCGUACAGUUAUCCCGACCAAGGAGUCGUGGCACGAUCAACGAUGAUUAUGAUCCGUAUAAGGUUACCAUGGCAGCGAAACACGCCAUGGCGACCCCCAGGAUUACUGAACUCUGUGCUCCGAUACCUCGUAAAAUACGACAGAAGAAAGUUUGAUUUUUUUUACUGAAAUCUUAUAGAAUAUCAAGAGCUGAAAAAAUACAAUCAUUUUGUUAGGGUAAAUUUGGAUUUUAUUUUACUAGAUGUUUCAUUAUUAUGCCAGCUCUUGUCAACAUGUUCUCAAAAAUGUAAAAUUUUGAUUUGUAGUUUGGAAAGCUAUUUAUGACAAGUUCAGAUCUGGUUUAGGUAGACACAUGUCUCAUUGUCUCACUGUCUCGAGUAAAGUUAUAAAAAGUAAUAUAAUUUAAGUCAUUUUUGAUAAGAUAAUCAACCCAAGUAUGCAUACUUGUUUUGAUCUAACAUGUGUAACAUGAUUUCCGGUGAUAAGAAGCUCAGUAGAACCUCCCUUAAUGGUCGCUUCUAUUAGCAGGACACCCCUUUAUCAGGGACACUACUUUUGGUCCAAUAUUGGUCAGGUGUCAGUCCUGAGGGUGUCCUUAAAAGGCCGGUUCUACUGUAUUUGUGAACGAAUGGUGGCGGUGUUUUUUUGCAAUGUUAACUGACUGAAACGUUUAACAAAUUAUUACAGUCAAUUUUCUAAUGUUUUAAUCAUUUAUAAUGAAGCUUACUGUGAUAUCAAUUUUAAACUGUUGAUGAGGAAUAACUCCUUCCUAAAUCAGUCAAUUUUCCUAUAAUUUUGGUGGCUGGUAAUGUGUGGUUUUAAUCAUGUAUGAGUGUACUCUUUUGUAUCAACCUUAAUGGCGCUAUAGUUCUCUAAUUUGAGUCUGUGUUGGAAUUUAACCAUAUUUCAUGUUCCUUAGUUGUACACUUUAAUAAGUCUCAUGAGCAUUUAUUAUCAAAAUUGUUUAUUUUUUGUGCAAACAACUAGUGUGAUAUCAGUCCUAUCAGUUUUCUAGCCUAAUCAAAAUGUAUGUUUUAUACCUAGCAAGUCCCAAUGUUUUCUGAACCACUUUGUAUAUACAUGUAUAUUUGUAUAUUUUGUGUUUUUCACCACGUUUUGUUUUAUAUUUUCACAUACUCGAUCUUAGUGUUGUCAAAGCACUGGUAAACAAGCAAUUUCUGUCUCUGCAACCUGCAUUACAACAACAAUAUCUAAGAGAAUCGGUGAUGGCAGUGACCUAGGAUCACUCAUUAUUGCUAGUCAAGUUGCUUAUUCGCGUAGCACUUCAUGAGAGCGGACAUAUUGUUUGUCGCUUUAACAUGCGUGUAGAUACAUGUUGUUUCUUUCUGUGUGGGAUUUCAUACAGUUUGAUGUCCUGCAGGCAUUUAGUAGAUGAACUCUGACAGGGAGCGUACCCUUAGUCUUCUCCAUCUUAGUCAUAAAUUUGCCUGAUUGCUGAUGAAUCUUGGAUUAUCAGUGUAUUGUUCAGAUGCAAAGCCUCUUAAUCCACUUCAGAUCUUUUGAGUGAACGUCUUUAAACAUGAUACUUGAUCAUAUGCAUGGCUCUAUGGUGUAUAAUUUGACAGUUUUAUCUUUUGCCCAUCAUGUGAUGACAAUUUCUAUCCAAUGCUGAGUUGUGAUAUUUGCUUUGCUUGAGAGAAAUGUUGUGCUUUUCUAUUUUUGCUAUGAAAUGUCCGUCCUAUUACUUCGGGUGCUGUCUAUUUACUAAUAAAGGUGGCGUUAACUUUUGUCCUGCUUUAUUGAUGUAAUAAAGGAUUCAGUCAUUUUUAUCA